GCAGCAACAAAAAAAUGAGCGAGUAGAAACACCCCCUUUCACUUCCUCUUUUUCUCGGUCUCCAUCUUUGCGCCUCUGUAUUUCUCUCGUUGGCCUCUCUCUCUAUUUCGCCUCUCUCGCUCACCUCUAUUUUUGUGAUUGGAUGGGAAUUGGGUUGCAUUGAUUCUAAGGAAAUUGACCAUAUCAGUUGGACAAAGGAGGGAUCACAUACUCUUCCUGCUACUUUCAAAAGAAAACAUACUAGACAGGGGUUUUUCUAUUAUGAAUGAAGAUAGUCACAUAUAAUGUGAACGGCUUGAGGCAUCGCAUCUCGCAGUACGGGUCCCUUCUCAAAUUACUCGAUUCCCUCAAUGCGGAUAUCAUCUGCUUUCAGGAGACAAAAUUAUCAAAACAAGAACUGCGAGCCGAUACAGUGACUGCAAGUGGCUACGAGUCCUUCUUUUCUUGCACUCGCACUAUUGACAAAGGUCGGACUGGCUAUUCUGGUGUUGCAACAUUCUGCCGAGUGAAGUCUGCAUUUUCCAGUGAUGAAGUGGCUUUGCCACUGGCUGCAGAGGAGGGCUGCACUGGUCUUCUUGAGAAUUCUCGAGGAUUUGGAACUAGAAAAGAUGAAAUUCCAACAAUUAUGGAAGGCCUUGAUGGAUUUACCAAAGAUGAGCUUCUUAAGCUUGACAGUGAGGGACGUUGUAUCAUUACUGAUCAUGGCCAUUUUGUUCUUUUCAAUAUAUAUGGGCCUCGAGCUGCAAAUGAUGACACAGAAAGAAUUCAAUUCAAGCUGACAUUUUACAAGAUAUUACAGAGAAGGUGGGAGUCUCUCCUGCAUCAAGGAAGGAGGAUACUGGUUGUUGGUGACCUCAACAUUGCUCCUGCUGCAAUAGAUCGCUGUGAUGCAGGGCCAGAAUUUGAGAAUAAUGAGUUCAGAAGAUGGUUUAGAUCUUUACUGAUGGAAAACGGGGGCCCUUUCAUUGAUGUUUUCAGAGCAAAAUAUCCAGAGAGAAGAGAAGCCUACACUUGCUGGCCAACAAAUACAGGUGCUGAGGAAUUCAAUUUUGGGACAAGGAUUGACCAUAUUCUCAGUGCUGGGUCAUGCUUACACAAAAAGAACAGUCUGGAAGGCCAUAACUUUAUAAAUUGCCAUGUUGAAGAUUGUGACAUAUUGAUGCAGUUCAAACGGUGGAAACCUGGAAAUACCCCAAGGUGGAAAGGAGGGAGAAGCAUCAAAUUGGAAGGUUCUGAUCAUGUUCCUGUCUAUAUGAGUUUAACAGAAAUCCCCAGCACUCCGCAGCAUAGCACUCCCCCUUUAUCUACUAGAUAUUGUCCUCAGGUUCAUGGGUGUCAGCAAACUCUUGUGUCGAUUAUAAAAAGAAGGCAAUCAGCUGAGAAAAUUAAAACGUGUGGGGAGUCCAGUUCCUUUACAGAUAAGAAUAUUACUGUCAGAAGUUGCAGUCAGAGUGUGAAAAGAUCCUCCGAUGACGGCAUUAUAUCCUCUUCAGACCUGAGACUUGAAGAUGGUGUUUCGAGGACAGAUGAAUACCCUCAGGGUUUCAGUGAUGAAGCUUUUCAAAAACCAGUGCUCAGUUUGGGAAGUAAUCAUGCAAAAUUAUUGGAGUACGGAAAAACUAAGAAGAAAGCAAGAGAAGGUCGAUUGUCCCAGCUUUCACUUAGAUCGUUUUUUCAGAGUGCAAAUUCAAGUGAUGGUGUUGACUGCUCUGGUGCAGAUACCUCACCCAGUCAGGGAGAUGUCUCCAAUUCUAACCCUUACUCUGGUAGAAUUAUUUUGAAUAAUGAUGAAAGUAAUACCCCGAAGGUGCUGGAUUUGAUUAUUAGUGGUACCAUCGAGGAUCAAGAUGACCUAGAUGUUUGCCAUUCUUCAGAAAAAGAGAAGAGGAAUGUUGCUUUAGUGGAGUGGCAAAGGAUUCAACAAUUUAUGCAGGAUAGCAUACCUCUUUGCAGGGGCCAUGGUGAACCUUGUGUUGCCCGGGUUGUGAAGAAAGCUGGUCCCAAUUUGGGCCGCAGAUUUUAUGUUUGUGCUCGUGCAGAGGGACCUGCAUCUAAUGCUGAAGCAAAUUGCGGUCACUUUAAGUGGGCUGCUUCAAAAUCUAAGCGCAAAGAAUGAUGGUAAACUUGUGAGUAAUCAUCAGUUUCUUUACGAACUUGGAGUUUUGAUAGGUAUGAAGCAAUACAUAGCUUAGUUGUGGUUGUAGUUUUGUUAGGAGUCGCCUCGCAUUCCUUGCCUAAUUUUGCACUACAGAGAAUGAAAUAUCUGGAAAUGUAGACUACCUAUUGUAAUCUCUUCCAUGUCUUUUUAUUUUUUAUGGCCGUCUUCUUUUUAAAUCAGCCAGUGUUGUAAUAUUGAAGGUUUAAUCUAUUUGUAUAAUUUUUG